AUGGGGAAGAAAUGGCUUCCGUUAUUAUUUUCUGGGCGUAUUUUUAUUUACAUAAAGUUAAAAAGUAAUAAAAUUCAGUUAUCUGCCACGUCUUUUCAUGAUAACCGCUUCUGUCUGUCUGUGUCCUUCUCUCUCUUUCUCUAUAUGUCUGUCUGUCUCUGUCGGUCUUUCUCUAUAUGUCUGUCUGUCUGUCUCUCUUUCUCUAUAUAUCUGUCUGUCUGUCUGUCUUUCUCUCUUUCUCUAUAUAUCUGUCUGUCUGUCUGUCUAUCUCUCUUUCUCUAUAUAUCUGUCUGUCUGUCUGUCUCUCUUUCAGUCUGUCUCCUUCUGUCUCUCUUUCAAUUAUUAUUUUCUUCUUUCAUUUUGCUUUUCUUUUGUUUUUAUUAUCACUUCUUUCUUUCUUUCUUUCUUUCUUUCUUUCCUUUCUUUCUUUUUUUAUUUCCAUUUUUUAUUUCAUUGUUUCUUUCUUUAUUUAUUCUCAAGGUUUUCCUUCUUUCUUCUUUCACUUUGCAUUUCUUGUUUGUCCUAUCCUUUUUUCUUUCCUUUCUUUCUUUCUUUCUUUCUUUAAUUGUAUAUUUUUCAUUCCUUUUGCUUUUAUUUCUCGUUUCUUUUCUUUGUCCUUUCUCUUCUUUCUUUCUUUCUUUCUUUCUUUCUUUCUUUCUUACCUUUCUUUAUUCUCAAGAUUUUCUUUUUUCCCUUUGCCUUUCUUUUCUUUGUACUUCCGAUUUUUACUUUCCUUUUUUUGCGUUCCUUUCUUUCUUUCUUUCAUAUUUCUUUUUUCUCCGUAUAUUUUACAUUCCAUUUGGUUUUCUUUCUUUCUCUUUUCUUUUCUUUGUCCUUCCUCUUCUUUCUCUCUUUCCUUUUCUUUUUCUUUCUUUAUUUCUUUAUCUAUUUAUUUCACAGCAGAAAUUCAUCGAUUUCCUUUUCUUUUUUUCGAAUUAUAUUUUCAAUCAACUAUUCUUUCUUUCUUAA